AUGCCCAUUGGCCCACCAGCGUCCAGCAAGCUGGGCAAGCCCCGCCCCCUGGACGCCUGGCACACCAUUGGUUCUCCCUCCAGCCAAUCGCCACCGCGGGCUCGGGCGCUCCCUUUCCUGUGCCCCUCCAACCCCGGGAGAUUUAAACUGCACUUCGAGAGCGAUUAUCACUCUUUAGGAUAUUACCUAAGGAGAAUCUGCUUCCCCAGAAAGAAAGUAUGUGAAGAGUCUUUAUUCUCUGGGAUUGAGAUGGUGAGUGUGGGCGUCAGCACAGAGCCCUGCCAUUCCAGGUGGGAGGUAGAGACAGAUGAAACUGUUCUACAGCGGCGGCAAAAACAGAUAGAUUAUGGCAAGCGCACACCUGGUUACCAGUGUUUCCUGCAGCAGGUCCCCAAGGCAAAGCGACAGCCAGGACUUCACCCUCAAACACCAAACAAGAAGAGGAGGUACAGCCGCCGCUCCUGGGAUGCCCAGAUCAGGCAGUGGAGAAGAGCCCUGCAUUCCUGGGAUCCCCCCAGCCAGCCCCCGAAAGGCAGGAGGUCCGAGGGCCAGGGAAUGGAGCAUCUCUUAGAGCCAAUGGGUUCCACACCUACGGAUGACCUCCUGGAUGACUGGUUCCAGGCCCUGGAACCAUCAGUGAAUCUGAAUGAAGACCAGAAGGGAGCCCAGUUUGCAGACUUGGUACCUCCUGCCUACUCCUUUCCCUGGCUCUAUGAGGAAGAACACCACUGGUUCUACUUUCUAGCUGAUCACAGUUACAUACCUGUCCCAGAUUUGAAUGAGGCACAAAAUAUUUAGAGAAAGCAUAUGUCUUUCAAGGGACGUGUUGCUAAGUGUAACAGUAAAGAUUACCUGCAUUACUGCUACUUCCCAAUGG